AUGCUCCGCUACUGCAAAGAGAGGAAACUGAGGCUCACGGGAGGUCCCGUCGGUCCAGCGCGGGGACGCGCGGCCCCGCCCCUGCCCGCCACGCGCCACAGGGCCACUCGCCACGCGCCGCCACCACGCACCGCGCACCCACACGCAGCCGGCAGCGGCGAGACUUUCCCCGAGAUUACGAAUCCCGUCGCUUCCGGAGAACCGACCAAUAAGAAACCUCUGCCCGCCCCCUCGCGCGGGGCGGGGCUGCCUACUGGCUCUUGGCGGAGCGUGGUGGGCGGGGCCUGGACGGAGCCUGUGGCUGGCGAGGCCGCCGAGCAGGGCCAGGCCGGGCCCUGCCCGCAAGGACGCCCAAGCCCUUCGCCGGCCCCCGUGCCCAGGAGCCCACCAGGCUCUCCUGUUGGCCCCACCAUGACUUCGGAGCCCACGUCACCCCCGGUUGUGCCCCCGCUCCACUCUCCCAAGUCCCCCGUCUGGCCCACCUUCCCCUUCCACCGGGAGGGCAGCAGGGUCUGGGAGCGGGGCAGUGUCUCAUCUCGGGACCUGCCCAGCCCCCUGCCCACCAAGCGGACCAGGACGUAUUCAGCGACAGCCCGCGCCUCGGCUGGCCCCGUGUUCAAGGGUGUCUGUAAGCAGUUCUCACGCUCACAGGGCCACGGCUUCAUCACUCCCGAGAACGGGUCUGAGGACAUCUUUGUGCACGUGUCUGACAUCGAGGGGGAGUAUGUGCCAGUGGAGGGCGACGAGGUGACCUACAAGAUGUGCCCUAUCCCGCCCAAGAACCAGAAGUUCCAGGCCGUGGAGGUGGUGCUUACCCAGCUGGCCCCACACACUCCCCAUGAGACGUGGUCCGGCCAGGUUGUGGGCUCCUAGGCUGGGUGGCUCACGUGCCAGCCAAUGGGCAGGUGGGGGCCACACAGGGAGGAUGGGCAGCAGCUGGCUCUGUGCCUCACUGCACUGGCUGACCCAGUGGCCUCAGUGUGCACGUCUGUCUGUGCUUAUGGCUGUGAGUGUGUGCCUCCAUCCACCCCUGUGACCGGUGACUGUUGUGUGAGCUGGACCCAGGGGGAGGCCACGAGACCUGCCUUCUCUGGUUGUCCACUCUUUACUGCCUUCCCCCCACCAUACACCAUAGGACCCUCUUGCCUCCUGCCCACCUGUCCACAUGUCCACUGAGCCUCUGAGGGCCUGUGUCAGGCCUGGGGGUGGGAGUCAGGGGGCACCAGUGGGUCCCCGCCUGUACAAGCUUGCCCCCUGCCUCUGCCCCAGGGGCCAGACUCUGCUUGUGCUACUUAUACCUCCCAUCCUGGGCCGGGGUCUCCCACUGUGGCCUGGACUCCUCCUCUCAGAAGCCAGGCCAGUGAGCGCUUUAGGGGGCCUCCCAGCCUUUGGCAGGGGAAGAGGGCAAAAUGUGGAAGCAGACAGGCCCCUCCUCGCCCCCAUGUCCUAGCCUUCCUGCGCUCAUCUCAGCGCACAGGAGGCAGGAAGAGCAGUUUGGGGGCUCCUGUUUUGUCAGCCACAGUCCCUCCUCCUCAGCCUGACAACGGCUCUGUGAACCCCAAACUGAGGCCAUGUCCCCUCCCCUGGGCCGUGCUGCCUCCACCAGAGGGUUGGAGUCCGUCUCCCGCAGCCUGGAUGGGGCCAUCCCCAUUGCUGACUCAAACCCCACUGAUGCUCUGCCCGUGCUCAGCCACAACGGCCACUGAGGACCCGGCGAUGGAUGGACACACAUCCCCUUAGGCAGGGCCAGACACGGGCACCCACAAGGAUAGCUCUCAGCCUGGGAGACCACCAGCCCUGCAGCCCCCUUGCCAGGCCCCCUUCCCGAAGCCGCGAGAUGGCAGCUUCCACUGGCCCCCAACAGGCCAGUGGCUGAGGUGUGGUCCCUAUCUUGUCCGUCCCUUAAGAUGUGUGUGUGUAUCUGCAUUCACUCUUGGGUGGGGGGUUGGCCUGGCCUGGGAGGCCAGGAAGGAGGGCCCUGCCUCCAUUCCCCUCCAGCCACCACAUUCCCUGCCAGAGAACGCAUCACCUGAUGGGGAGAAAUGAGGUUCAAGAGAGGGCCUGCCAGGGACAGUGACCCUUAGGAGACCCAGUCUGUGAGUAAAACUGGGGGCUCAAAUGCCCAGAAUGAGGAGGUCAGUGACUGUCAGGGGGAUCUCCAGCUCUGUACGUGCCCCAAGGCCCCAGAGAGAGAUCAGCUGGGGUAUGUGCAUCCCACCCCUGCCCCAGUCCCCCUCACAGAGGCUGGGUGCCCAGAGCUGCUGAGAUGUGCUGACCAGCCCCCCAAAACUGACACCCCACUCUGAGCUGGGGCUACUCCAGUAAGGCCUGAGGCCUUCCCUCUGGCCUCCUUGGUGCAGGGUAACUCUUGGGAGCCCCCCAAGACCCCCUCCUGUGAGUAGACUCCCUUUGUAGGCACUAACCAGGAGGCAGAUGUAGUAAGGUCAGCCCUGGGCCGCCCGGGGUGGCGGAGGGGCAGCUGCGCCUCUCCCCGCUCACAGCCCCGCAGUGUCCAGUCAGAACUCCUCCCAAGACCCCAGCCGCCUGGGCGCCCCUGUCCUUCCUAACACUGGCAAUAAACCCUCAACUGUGACACAGCCUGGCCCUGAGCUGCCUCUGUCCGUCUGGAUCCUGGGGGAAGGGGCUGGGAGAGGACGCCCCAAACCAGCCCGUUUAGGGCUUCAAUGGCCCACCCUCCUUGACUGGGUCAAAGCCUUCCUGUGUGACCCAGGGCAAGUCCUUGCCAUCUGUGCCUCUCUUUCCUCAU